GUGGCGGAGGUGCGGCAGGUGGCCCCGCUAGCCAUGCUCCUCCACGUGUACCGCCCUUCCUCGCCGCGAACACCGCUGCCACGGCAGCUGCAGCCGCAGCCGCGGCAGCAGUCGCGGCCUCGGCGGUUGCCGGCGCCGCAGCUGACGGCGACGCCUUCCCCUCCCUGGACAUGAGCUCCGUAGUUGACCGUUCCGGGCUUAUCGGGGCCGGCCUUGUCGGCCCGUCUUGUACCACGCCGUAUAUUCGCCCGCGACGCUCGGCUGUCCUGCUCGACCCAUUCACCUUGGCAGCCUCGGUUCCCGGGGGCAGCGCCGGAGGCACCUCCUCCUCCGCCCUCAACUCCCUCAUGACCCGCCAGACGGUGCGUGGCAUCGAGCGGCUGCUAGCUGCCGGCAUUUGCCAUCGGCAAGUGGUGGAGGACCUGAUUGGCGCGGAGGUAUCUGGGCCCGAUGCGUUCGACUGGCAGCGGAAUGUACGGCACUACUGGGAUCCGGAUCAAGGAAGCGUUGAGGUGGCGUUGGCUACGCAGCGUCAUGAGUACGGAUUUGAGUACGACGGUACGGCACAAGAUCCGGUGGAGUUGGUGCUGCCGAUGUCGGUUCCGUCGCUGCUGGCGGCUGUGAGCGCGCUGCAGGCGUCACCGGUGGUAUCCCUGGCAAGGGCCGACGGCGCCUGCAACCCGGUCCACGCCGUCCGCAGCCUGUGCGCCCUGUUGGGCCGCCUGCACAUGCACUCCACCCUGGACACCUCAGCCAGCGCCUCCUCCCUGGCCCGCACCCUCGCCACCGCCAUCCAACUCAACGCCUGGCUGUCUCUCGAGGGCGCAGAGCGACUGGGUCUGACCACCCUCUCCGCGCUAGGGGAGCUCCUGCACGGCCUCUGGACCGCGGCCACAACCCGACAGCCGUACAUUUCCCUAGCCGGGCAGCAGCUCGUGUCUCCAUGGGCGGUAAACGGCGGCGGUGCGGAUGCUGGGGGCGCUGCUGCGGACUUGACGCAAAGCAGCCGCCCCGGCAGCGGCGGAGCUGCCAGCAGCCACACCGAUCCCUGGCGCGGAGCCACACCCAACGGCCCCCCUGGAGCUCCGGCGCCGGCGCAGGCCACGUCGAUAAGCGGCGCGCCGCCGCCGACGGGCCCCCGGGGCGUUCGCGACAGCACGCAGGCUCAGUUGGGUGGCAUGGGGGGCAAGCGAGUGCAACACACACCGGGGGUGUUUCUGUCCCUGCCGCUGGCGGCUUACCUGCCCGUUUCGCAUGACGCGCCGACGCCUUUCAGUUCCGCACCGGGGGCUGCAGCCGCCGCGUCGGCGUUUCUCACGGAAGCGGUUCACACGCGCGGGCCGCUGCCGCAUGAGUUGUGUGAGGUCGCGCGCCGCGUGGGCCGAGCCGUGACGUUACACACGGCGGAUCUGACGGUAGCGCUGGAGGCCGGCCUGCGGUGUGCUGGUCUGCGUGACUCGGCGGAGGCGGCGCGCGCGGUGGCUUGCUGGUUCCGGCUUGCUGCCGUGCAACUGGCCUCGCCGCCGCAGCUACGGCUGGAUGCGGUGUUGAUUCGCGCCAUGCUGACGUUCAUUCAGAGGGAGUGGCUGGCAGGGUUUGGCGCCAGCGGCGGCGGUGCUGGUGGGGUGUCUCAGAUGAGUGCAGGCGGAGGCGGAGGCGGCAGCGGCAGGGCGACGGAUGUUGGCAUGGGGCCGCGGCUCACAUCCGCCGCCGCUGCUGCUGCUGCUGCGAGCACCAGCAGCUAUGUAGCUCGCGUUGGCGGCAGCGCGUUGGAUGCGGUGGAGGCGGCGUUGCGUGCUGUGGCGCUUCCGGCUGCAGACCCAGAGGAUGUUGGCAUGCUGUCACGUCUGCUGGACCAGGUCAUUACCUUUGCACAGCGCACCCCGGCACCCCCCGACACGGCGGCCACCCCGCCCGCGUCCGGCGGCGGCUCACGUGCUACGCCGCCGCCCAUGGCGCUCCUGCCGGGCGGUCCCCCCGCUCCGCCCUUCAACGUCCGCGAGGCGCUGCAUGCAGUGCUUGCCACUGCACGGGAGGCCCUUGCUGCCGCCACUGCUGCGGACUCCCCGCCGCGGCAUUCCAAGCAGGGGGCACAACCUGCACCUCAGCAGCAACAGCAGCAGGCCCAGCAGCAGCAGGUGCAGGUUCGUUCAGCUGCUUCUACGUCUGUGGGAGACGCGGGGAGCAGCAGCGGGCCCUUGGUGUUUUCACCCCAACGCAGGCGUGCUGCUGCUGCUGCCACUCAGAACGCUGCCGCCGCCGCCGCUGCUGCAGCCAACGUUGCUUCGCUGCCCCAGCCGACACUGCCGCCGGAGGCUGUGCCGAUGCCGCAGCCCCCAUGGCAUGCACAUUUGGCACCCUUGGCGUUUGCAAACGCACCCCUGCUAGUGACUGCUGCCGCGUCAAUUUACGACGCGCUGUUGUCGCAUCGCGUUUGCCUGGUCGUGGGAGCUCCCGGUGCCGGCAAGAGCGCGGCUUGGAAGGCGCUUGUGGCGGCGACCCAUGGGCCGGAAGCUCUGUCGUCACCCGACGACGUCCUGCACGUCUUUUCCGAAACCCUGCCCGUUGCGCGGUUGCAGCUGGGUGCUGUGACGGAGAACGACAAGGCCGACGCUGCCGCUGCUGGCGGCGGCGGCGCCGUCGGCGCCGACGGUCGCGCCCCAACCGAGUGGCUGCUGCGACGACUGGAAGGCUGGUGGCGGUGGGCGUUACGUCGUCGGCCGGAGGGCGCCAAUGUGCAGACCGGAUCAGCGGCGAUAGUGGGAUGCACGCCGCGUUGGGUGGUAUUUGACGGACCACUGGGAACGCAACGCGCGGAUUGCCUGCUGCCGCUGCUGCUGAGUCGCUCAGUGGUGCUGCCCAGUGGGCUCGCAGUCGCGUCGCUGCCGGCCGACGCGCAUUGCCUGUGGGAGACGAGCGACCUGACGGCGGCAUCGCCGGCGCUGCUGGCGGCGGCGCCGGUUGUGUAUGUGGGCGGCGGCGGCGGCAGCGGGAUUUGGGAUGCAGAGGCGGCGUUGAUGGCUAGCGUGCGUACGGCAGUGAAGCACCAUGGCAUGAUGCCCUACGUCACCGCGCGCUUCACCCGCCGGCUGGUGGCUCUGCUGGCCGGCAGCCUAGCGGCUUGCGGUGCGGUGAUGCGGCGGGUGCGGGAGCGGGAGCGAGGCAGCCACGGCCCGCCUGCGGGACUUGCGCUGGCUUGCGGCCUGGGGUCGCUGUUUGGGGAGCUGGUGCGGGCGCUGGACUCGCCCUCCGAGACAGUGUGGACGGAUCAGCCCGCCGACCUGGAGCUCGCCCUGGCCCGCUGCGCCGUGUUCGCCAGCUACUGGUCCCUAGCGGGCCAGGUGCUGGGACCCGAGCAGCGCUCCCAGAUCGAAUCCGCCAUCCGAGACGCUGCCGCAGCCGCCGAGCUAUCCCGCGCUCUACCGCUGGGCGGCUCCCUGGCCGCCUGGCUAGUCUCCCCCCGCCGCGGCGCCUGGCUUCCCUGGUCCGCCACACUGCCCAGUCUGCCGGCAGACCGUCCGGCAAUCAUCCCUGCGCUGCCGCUGGCGGCGCCGCUAGGCUCCGCCGCCGCCGCCGCUGCUGCCGCCGCGCCCAGCGUCGCAUUUCACUACUACCGCAACCCCCGCAUGGGGUGCGGUACGUUGGGGCUGUUCGUACCCAGUGCGGCUACGCAGGCGCUACAGUACGUCAUGCAGCUGGGCUUGCAGGCGUGGCAGCACCCCGUGUUGGUGGGCCCGGUGGGCAGCGGUCGUCGUACAAUGGUGCACCACCUGCUGGCCACCGUGCCCAUGCAGCAGCUGAGGUCGCUCGUGGUGACGGUACCCGCAUGCGCGUCGGCGUCUCCGGCGUCGCUGCAGGCGUCGGUGAUGUGGCACCUGUCGCCGGGGGCUUCCGGGGGUUUGCGGCCGACGCCGGGGCACAGGCUGGUGGUGGUGCUGGAGGAUUUGAACGUGUCGGUGACGGGGGGGCACCAUGACGGGCACCAUGCAGGGGAGCUGGCGGCGGCGGCGCAGGAGGCGGGGGCGGGCGAGGCGGCGGCGGCGGCGGUGGCGGGAGCGGGCGCGGCGCCGGCGGGGUCGGAGGUGGAGGUGCAGACGCCGGUGCUGGAGUGGCUGCGACAUGUGGUGGAUCAGAGGGCAAUAAGGGACCCGGUGUCUGGAACCAGGCUCGCCGUCCGAGGCUCUUCUUUUGCCGCCACAUCCACCCCGCAUGCACUUCUAUCGGGGGCCGAGCAGCUCUGCGGACGCCUCAGUCGCCAUCUGCUGCACAUUCACAUUGAUGCCGCGGCGCGGUGUGACGGCGACGUCGGCGGCACCGGCGGCGCUGCGGCGACGGCCACUGAUCGUCCGCCGUACGGCAGCCUCAUAACUGUCUUCAACCGCGCUGCCGUACUCCUCGCCCUGGCGCAACACACCAUGUCCCAUUUGGCGCAUUGCGGCGUGAUCGAGGCACUCACAUUGCCGCCGACGCCGGCGGCUGCCGUACUGGCGGCGACCCUCGAGAGCGUCGCUCGCAAUGUGGCGGCGCUCACUCAGGCAGGCGUUACGCCGGCGCUGUGGCAUUUCGACACAGCCGCGAUCAGUGGUGUCGUACAGCGACUGUGUGCCGCCGUCUCCGUCGCCAACUCCCAUGUGGCACUCACAGCCGCCGGCACAGUUCUGGCUGGCGGCGGAGCCGCCGCUGCCAACCGUCGCAAAUGGGGCCUGCGGGAGGUGCUGCAGCGACUGGCGUUCGAGGUUGGGCGGUCAGUGAUGGGUCACCUGCCUGACUGCGCCUCUCGGGAGGCCCUAGCCAAGCUCCUGCUGCAGACCAUGGGCCGUCAUUUGGGCGCGCUGGCGUCAGGUCGCAUGGAAGCGGCACUUGCGGCAGCCAGGGAAGUCCUGGAGACGCCGGCGCCGGCUGCUGCCGGCGGCGGCGGCGCCGCUGCAUCUGCGCGUGGCAGCAGCACGCAGCAGCAACCUCAGGCCAUGCUUUCACCGCCGCCAACUCCACCCCGGGGUGAUGCAUUAGCCGUCCUGUCAGCAUGGUCCGAUUACGCUAGCCGCGACGCUACAGACCUCACCACGCUGCGUGUCAGCCUGGCUGGUCGCAUUCCGCCGCGUGAGAUGGAUCUGCUGCUCGCGGCGCUCGUGGGUACCCUGCCGCCGUACGACGAGGUUGACGAGAACGCUGAAACGGAGCCCACAUGGCCGGUUGACGGCGGCGGCGCGCUGCGUUCUAGCUCCUGCCGUGCAGGCAGUGAGGAAGGCAGCACCAGCGGCGGCGUUCCGGCCUACAACCCCGGCUCGGCGUCGACUACUUACGGACCGGAACCCGGCGCUGCAGCAUGGGUGGUGCACCGACCCUUGGGUCACCCGGACCUGCUGCGUCAGGUUCGCGCGUUGCUGUCGAACCGCUCGCACGACCUGCCGGCCUUCCGUGUGAGCCGGGGCCUCGAUAGCAGCAUUAUCGUCAAUGCCAAUGGCCAUGUCACAUCCACAUCUGGCAAGCCGGGCAGCCAGGGCCCUGCGGAAAGCCGCAUGACAUCGAGCGCGGGCUACGGCGGCUUCACAAAGCCGCCUGCCAGCGCCGACUCUGAGGAGCCUCCGCCCUUGCCGCUGCCGCAUUGCAACCUUGGUCCGCUGUCGCUGGCGCUUCUCGAAGACGCCGCAGGAAACUGGGGAUAUACGGAGAUUGUACGACCGUCGGCAGCAGCGCUGUAUGAGGGGUACUUCACCGGGGGCCACGUCGCGCUCGUCGGCGGGAACACACCCAUGCUGGAGCAGGCUGCAUGCCUUGCGGCGCUGGCCGCCGGCGCGCACCUCAUUCGCGUUGAUCGGCCCACUGUACAUCGGCCCAAUGGCGGUGUCUCGGCCGUACCGCUGCACAAGUACGACAUACGACACCUGUUUAUGCAGCACAUCAUCAAUGCCGUACAAGGCGUGGCCGCAACGACGGGUGGCGGUCCAAUUGCUGUACGGCCGUAUUCCCAAGCGAUGGCGGUGGCGGCGGGCGGCUUUGCAGCCCCCGGUGUUCCGUUCGUGGCUGCAGGGGAAGCAGAUGCGGUGACGUUGGUGACGGCGUCGGCUCCAAGCACGGGUCCAGGAGGUACCGCCGGCGCCGUCAACGGAAGCAGCGACGCGCCAUGGGCUGCCGAUGAUGUGCGGCCUGCUACUCGCGACAAGGCGCUCAGCGUGUCUGGUCUGCAUGUGCUGCUGCUCACGGACGGCAUGUUGCAGGACGAUCCCACGCUGGAGCUCCUGCAAGCCCUGCUCGUCCGCCCCGCCUCCGCCGGCUUCCUCAGCCGCGAGCUGCACGACUCCGCCGGCCUGCCGCUGCUCAAAUCCCUGGAACCCAUCGUCCUGGAUUCCGACCUGAGCCAACUCAUGGCCAACGCCUCCGCCAACGUGGACAGUCCCGGCGGCGGCGACCCGCUCGGCGGCCCGCCACCCGCACGACCCACACCCUCCCCUGCCGGCAGCACCACGCCUCCCGGCCCCGGAGGCGGCCGCCUGUCGCUGAGUAAGAGCGUGGUGAGCCGCAUGUCCACCAUGCGAAGCAGGCGGGCCGGCAGCAACGCCGCGUUACCCGCGCUGGAUUUCUCGCUGGAACGCGGCGAAGCGGGUACCCUCGGCGGCGUCGGCGGCUACAGCAUAAGCGGCGCUGCCUCCAACCUCGGCGGCAGCAGCAUGCUCGUCCGCAACACCACCUUCACCUCCGUCAGCGGCGCGCUGGACGCUUCCAUCGCGGAUUCACCUCUGCAGCCCACGCUGCUGCCGCAACCCAACUCCCAGCCGCAGCAGCUGACCACCAUCCCGCCCAUGCGUUCGGAGGCGGACAGCACCUCCUACGCCGCCAUUCGCGCCGCGGAGCUGAGGGCGGCGGAGGCGGCGCGAGCGGAGCUGGAGGUGUCUGUGGCUUCGCGGCUGGUGCGCGGUGUGCGCUUCCUGCUUGCCGCUAGUCCUGCUACAUGGGCGAGGUUGCGCAGUCGCUUCCCGGCGCUGGCGGCGGCGCUGACGGCGAUGACGGCGGCGGACCCGACUGUGGAAGACCAACAGGCUAGCUGCUCCGAGGCCCUCAUCCACCUGGCCCCCCACGUGGCCGACAACAGCGUCCCGCAGCACCCGCCCAUCGACCUGGACGCCGCCCUGGAGGGCCUUGCCCGCGACGGCGACUCCUCCGUCGGCACCGGCACCCACGCCAUGCGCCGCGCCGCUGCCACCGUCUACCCGCACCACCCACGUCUGCCCAGCCCGGAACGCAAGGGCGUGCGCCGCAGCGUGACGCUCACUGACCGCAUGGCCGCCGUGAACCCCUCGCGGCCGUCCACAGCGGCCGAGGCGCGCGAGGCGGCGCGCAAGCGUGCGGAGGAGGACGCGACGCUGUUGAGGCGGGUGGGCGAGGUGGUAAUGGCUAUCCAUGCGCAGGCACAGGAGCUGUACCGACAGAUGGGGCUGCUGGAUGCAGGCGCGUCGCUGCCGCUGUCAAAGGCUUCCGACCUGGUGCACAUGCUGAGUCUGGUUCACAGCAGCCACCGGAAGGUGCUCCAGGCCAAGCAGGCCACCCUGCACGUCUGCCUGGCCAAGCUGGCCACCAGCGAGUCGCAGCUGCAGGCGUGCAUGCGCGCCAUGGACCGACUCAACACCUUCAUGGACAAGAGCAGGGAGGAGUUGCGCACCAUCCGCAACCGCAUCGCCCACUUGGAGACGUUCAUUGAGGAGACGUCGGCGGAGCUGGAGCAGCAGGAGAGCAUGGCGGACACCACUCAGGCCAUCGUGGACCAGGUGUAUGCGGAGGUGUCCUCGGAGAUGCAGCAGGCGCGAGAUCGCUACCAGCAGGCCAUAGAGGAGGUGGGCUCUGUCAACGAGGCGGACCUAGCCGAAAUCCGUUCGUACAAGGAGCCCCACGUGCUCAUCCGGCUGGUGGUGAUGGCGCUGUGCGUGCUGUUCGAGUGGCCCACCGACUGGCGCAACGCGCAGCGCCUGCUGGGGGAGCAGAACCCCAAGCUGCUGGACCGCUGUCGAGACUUUGACGUGCGCGCGGUGAAUGCGGUGCAAGCGGCCAAGCUGGCCCGGCUGGUGCAGGAGCCGGAGUUUAACGUGGUUAGCGUGGAGCAGGUGUCGGUUGCCGCCAAGAGUCUGGCCUGGUGGGUCAUCAGCGUGUCUACACUGCUACGCACGCACAAGGAGUGCGAGCUGAGGCUGGCACGCAUCAAGGAGGGAGAGGAGCGGCUGGCCAACACCAACGUAUACAUCCGCAAGCUGCGCGGCGAGCUCAAGGCGGGCCGCACGGAGCUGUCCAGGCAGCAGCACGACCAGAAGGUGCUGGAGCACAGCCUGGGGGAGGCGGGCGCGCAGCUGCGGGACAGCGACCUGCAGCGAACCAACAUACUCAAGCUGUCGGGACUGGUGCAGGGCAUGCUGCCCCGCUGGCGCUCCAACCUGGCUUCCGUGGAGGCCCGGCUGCCGGUGCUGGUCGGGGAUGCCACCCUAGCGGUGGCGGCAGUGGUGUACCUGGGCCCGCUGGACAGCCGGGAGCGGGCGGCGGUGCUGGGGCUGUGGCGGGACCUGCUGCAGGAGCGGGGGGUGCCAGUCAGCCCGCCGCCCUUUGACUUUAGCACCUUUGUGGCGGACCGGUUCUCUCAGAUGACCAGCAUGCUGCCGGUGGACAUGCUAGCCAACACGCAGCCGCUGUGGCGCGACAACCUAGCCCUCAUGGCCAUGGCCUCCCGCCCGCCCCUGCUACUGGACCCGGGUCGCGAGGGCGCCAACCUGAUCAAAGCCAUGUUUGGCAAGACCAGCCGAGUGUUCUACCUGCUCUCCGAAGAGGGGCUCCUCGACAAGGUCGCUUCAUCCGUCCGCGCCGGCCGGGCGGUGGUUGUCGACAUGUACGGCACCCCUGGUGAAGCGCCCAUGCUAGCGCGGCUGUGUAAGCGUUACGAGCAAGUCAUGCGCGCCUCCUUCACAAACCUAGCUGUCGAGCCGCACCACUUGUAUCUCCGCGUGCGCUCGCCCUGCCCCGCAUUGCCGCCUGCGGCGCACCAAUACACCACGCCCGUGCGUUUCGCGCUGCGAGGAACGGAACUCCGAGCCGCUGUGGCCCGCUCGUUACUCGCUUCCCUGGCCCCGGAGCGCGAGAUCGCGGCCCGGCAGAUGGCGACCAAGCUCUGGAUGCAUCGCGCAAGGCUGGACGCGACACACGACGACAUCGCCUUCACCAUCGCGCACACCAAGGGCCUCAUCUGGAGUCACCCAGGGCUGGUGGACAGCACCGUCACGAAGGCCAGUUUGGCUGCGUCGAUGGACGCGGAGUUGCCGAGCAUGGAGGCGGCGUUGAAUGAGGUGUGGUCGGCAGUGGAGCAAUGGCGGCCGCUGGUGGAGGGCGUCAUGCGGGUGCAUGGCGUGCUUGCGGACCUGGCUCGGGGGCAUCCGACACGAUGCGGACCGCUCCCCGAGAUGGUGCUGUUGUGCGUGUUCAAGGCGGCGUUGCGGCGGGGCGUGACGGAGGUACCGGGCGCGUUAGGGCUGGUGCGGGAGCUGCAGGGCCCGACGGCGCCGCCCGAGAUGACAGUAGAGGAGGCACGUAAGCGGGGUGCGAAAGCGCUGGUGUCAAUGCUGCUGUCACGGGCGCCGUCUCGGGCUGUGAGUCGGGUCAUGUCCAUGGCGCCCUCGCGGUUGGAGUCGGGUUUGACGUACAACAAUGACGCGACGGGUGAGAGUGAGGUGGACGAGAACCAAGCAAGUGGUGAGGAUUUUGGUGGCGACGCAGCGUCGACGGUUGGAGGGCGCAGUCGUGUUGGCAGCAUAAGCGUGGGCAGCCUCAGCCGCAUCAGCAGCCGACGCUGUGCAAGCGUCACGGGUGACGGCCCAGGUUCAGUCGCCUCUCGUGAGUUCGGACGCUGCGAUUCCGUCGUGCUGCCGCCAGGCAUGGGCGGAACACGACCCAGCUCCGCUGAAACCUGCUGGACGGAUGCCACGUUGGCCGCCGCCGCCGCUGGUGGCGGCGACGGCACCGCCGUACAACGUGUGGCCGCAGCCGCAGCGGCGGCGGCGCAGCUCCUGUCGGAAAAUACCUCCAUGGGACCCGCCCGGUGCUGUCGCAUGGAGGACCUGGCCUCGGCUGUACUGCAAGGCGUGUGGUCGCUGGUGGGGGCAGCGCUCGGGGGCUCGGAAGCCACUGUGUUUCGGCUGCUGCUUGCCGUACAGGAACAGCAGCAGAGCGGAGAGCUGGCGCCGGAGGAUGCGCAGCUGGUGUUGUAUGUGCUGGGCAGGGGGGCGCCGAGCGCACAGAAGGCUGCGGCGACGGGCGCGGCGGCGGAGGGCUCCGUGGCGACGUCGGCAGCGGCGGCGGCGGGGCUGGUCAUGGGGCUGAGGACGUCGCCCUGGCUGCAGGCGACGGCUCCCGUUGCUCCUGGGCCGACGAAGAGCCCGGCGGGGCAGCGGUCGAAUUCCUCGGUUCGGGGAACAGCUGCAGCCGCAGCUCCGACGCCAGCUGCCGGCGGCGUCGCUGAACCCGGGAUGGGAGCCGCCCAGGCUGCCUCUUCGUUCCUUGACCCUACCAUGCAAGCGGCCGUGCUCACCUGUACCUCUGUCGACGCCCAAGGGUCGGCCGGGACCGCACCGGCUGCCGCCGGCAGCGUCAGCAGUGGAGCUCCAAGCCCUGGUUGGCCUUCGGAGCAGGCCGUGUCGGAUCUGCGGUGGUUGGAGCUGGUGGCGGGCGGUGAGGACCUCAACGGGCUGGCGGCAGCGGUGGCGGCGGCACCGCGGGCGUGGUACGGCUUGCUGACUGCGGAUGCGGCGCCGCCGGGCGGCCGGCCGGACAUGCGCACGUUGCUGGCGCAGGGCGCGUUGCUGCAGCUGCCUGAAAGGUGGCGGGAGCUGCUACAGCGGAAACCAAUCUACCAGGUGCUGCUGACAGCAAUCCUAGUGCCCGACACGCUGGCAGCCGCCGCGGACGCCUACUCCACCGCCGUACUGGGCCCCGCCGCCGCCGCCGCCGACCUGACCCCCGCCGAGCGGUUGCUGUCGGUGAUGAUGACCUCCCCCCCCGGCUGCCCCAUCAUCCUGGCCACCUCCCCCGGGGAGGACCCUGUGGCUGUGGCCUACCAGGCGCAGGCCCUCUGUGCCAACCAGCUACUACCCCUGGAGCCCCAUCGCGACGCCAACUGGGCCUCAUGCGAGCUCAUGCUGCGACACAUGCAACGCGAACACGCAUCCGGACGCGAGCUGCGAUCCGCGCUCUCCCGCGCCGCCCGCUGUGGCUCCUGGCUGCUUGUGCUGGCGUCACACGCCAGCCCCGCCACCCUCGUCACGCUGUUGGAGCAGCUCAAUGCGCGAGAGUACACCCUGCGGGGCCCUGAAGUCACCUUCCGACUGCUGCUCGCCAUGCCCGCGGACGCCGUACCGCGACUUCACCCCAAUGUACUGUACCAGUGUGUACGAGCGGCGCUGCAGCCGCCGGCGACGCUUCGCGCCGCCGCCGCGGCAGCCAUGCAGACACUCGCGCAUCCCACAGCGAGGCGAUUUGCGCCGCUGUUCGGUACCAAGGGCGGCUCGGAUAUCGAGCUGGCGAACCAUGCUGUCGCGGCGGCGUUGCUAGUGGGCGGCCUGAACCGGGCGGUCGCGACCGGGGCGCUGCCGCCGGUGGCGGCGCCACUGACAUGGUGGGACUUCCUCGCCGUCGUACGACUGAUACGACAGGCGGUUAUGGACGCGCGCGUGGCGGACGACAUGUCAAUGAUGGAUUACCCGCGACUGCACGAGCUCCUGGCGAGUGAGGUGCUGCUGCCGGCGCUGCCCGCCGCGCGACUCGGUCGCUUCGUCGGCUGGUCGCUGCAGCGAUUGUUGGCGCCGGGAGUGCUGACGCUGUCGUACCCAGUGUACGGGUUGGUGGAUCCGGAUGCGGAGCCGGGCAAUGAGCUGGCGUCGUCCAUGCCACUGAAUGUACGGCUGCCGGGGAUGCUGGAUUUCCUGAGUUCCUUGUACGGCGUGGAGACGGCGCUACAGCCGCCACAUGCGUCGUCGCAUGCGCUGCGGCAACGAGGCGAGUCGCUGGCGGCGGCACUGACGUUGCAUCGCCUGGCGGCGGCGCCGGGGCCGGUGUCGCCGGCGCGGUUGGCGCUGCUGCCGGAGGAGCAUCCCUGCGUGGCGCCGUUGGCAGUGCAGGUGGCGGCGGCGGAGCGGGCGUUAGCGGAGGAGGCGGCGGCGCGGUCGGAGUCGGCGGCGGUACGGCGGCAAUGGCUUGGCCAUCUGGCGACUCUGUCGGCGGAAGCGCCAAUGCCACGAACACAGGAGGCGCAAGUUCUGGUUGUAGAUACUGGUGCCGGCGGAGGCGGAGGCGGAGGUGCUGGCGGCGGCGGCUGCUCAAGCGGAGGGGGUGCUGGGGAAGCCCGCUCCCCGAGCUCUCCUGCUCCCGCCACGCCGCCGACGCCCAUCAGCCCCCUGCAACAACUGCGAUUCUCCCUUUCCGGCUACAGCUCACGACAGCGCUACAUACAGCAACAACUCCAGGCGCUCGCUGCACAACAACUGCAACAGCAGAUGCAGCAACAACAGCAGCAGCAACAGCAGCAGUCACAGCAGCAGACGCCCAUGACCUCUACCCAGCAGCUCACGCUGCAACCCGUUUCCGCUGCGGAUUCCGGAACCGCCACGCCUAUCGGCCUCGCAGGCGGCGGUACCACCGACGGCAUCAGCGUUACGACGCCGCUUGUGCCCCGCAUGACGGCCCUUCAGCCGCGGCCCGGGACCUCCUCCGGCACCUUUGCGCUGGUCUCGGCAGUGCCGGGCAACGGCAGCGGCGGCGGCGCCGGCCCUCCAGGACCGCUGCAGCAGCAGCUGAGGGCCAUGUUCGCUGCCGCCGGGCCCGCUGGCGCCAUUGUUGCACCGCCCUGGCGCGGAGCGUUUGCCUGGGACACUCUGUCCAUGAGUACCUCCACUGCCGCCACUGUUGCCGCCAUCACCUGCACCAGCCCCGCUGCCGCCACCGCUGCAGCAGGCGCCAUCUCCACCACCCCCACAGCCGGGGCCUCGGGGACCGGAACCGCCAACACGCCUCGCUCCUCGACCACCAUCGGACCCGCGGUAGCGACGCUGCAGCUCGGCAGCUCCGCCGCGCGCCCUGGCACCGCCACGGUUACAGCCGUUGCAGGUCCGCCGGGUACAACGACAGCGGGUACGACAGCAGCUGCCGUACCGGCUUCCCUUGCUGCCGUACUGGCGUCCUCCGCCACAGGUCCCGCGCCUGAGUUGGCUGUGCUGGAUGCAUGGGCUUCUGCCGUACUGGUGCCGCUGCUGGACGCACUCCGACGUGUGGAGGUGCUGGUGCGUGCUAUUCGCUUGGGACUGGAGGCCAGGCUGGGGUGGCCCGAGGUGGCUGGUGGGGCCGUAAGCUCGACUCCACCCAGCGUUUCCGCUGGUGGGGGAGGUAUGUCGUUCGGCAAGAAUGCAGCAGCUGCUGCGUCAGCGGCGGCGGCAGCAGCAGCAGCGGCGGCGGGUCAGUCGGGAUCAGGGCGCAGCACGCCCACUCUGUCGAGGAAUCUCUCGUCAAUCUUUGCAGAGUUUUGGGCGGCGGAGGCGCGUGCGUUGCAUGGAGCCGUGUGCGGAGCGCUCGACGGGGCAGAGGAGCUGGCGGCGGCGGUGGCGCAGCCGGGACUGCACGACACUCCCGGCGUACGGCAGCUGCUGUGGUACCUCGUGGCGGGGUUCGCACCGCCAGGCUGGCACCUUCCGCCCAUGUCCGAUCAUCCCUGCAGCGGCGGCGGCUACGGCGGCGGCGCUCACCUGGUCGGGAACGGUGCUGGCGGCGGCCGGAGCAGCCGCGGCGGCGACGGCUCCCUUAUUGCCGUACCGCCCGGCGGCCGCCACCCUGUACACGUCAUCACCCUCGAGCAAUGGGAGUACGACGUAAGGACACGAGUACGGCAACUUGAGGAGGUGACGUCAGGGGACGUGGACCUUCGACCCGGCGUCGUGGAUCUCGCCCGACUUGCUCGUCCAGCUGCGCUGCUGGCCUGCCUGCGCCGCGCCUUCGCCUAUGAGCAAAACACGCAUCCGCAAAACAUCGUCUGCCGUCUUUCCGUACAGCCACCAUCCGAUGGCGGCGGCAGCGCCUCUGCUAUGACGUACGGCGGCGGCACCUCCGCUACAGGCACCGGCUCCGGUGGGCCUUUGGAGGCUGGCGGCGUUGCGGCCACACGAUCCCAGCCGUCCGGCUCCGCAGCCGGGUCCAAACCCGGGUCGGUGUCAUCCUAUCCCAUUGCUGCGCCACGCAGCAUGGGCGUCCUCGGGCUGCUUAGUCGUGACCUGGAAGUGCCGUUUGGCGUGGCGAACAGCCUGGGUCUCGGUUGGGGCGGCAACGGAGUCGUCGUCGGCGGCGGAGGUAGUCUGGAGGCUCCCUUGUUGUCAGCCCUGCUGUCGCCGUUUGACGUACACAGCACCUACUCCUUCGCUCCUGCCGCUGCAGCAGCCGCAGCGGCUGCGGCAGCAGCCGGCAACGGCUCCACGGCUGCGGGCGCAGCCACGGGCGCGAGAAGCAGCACAUCCGGCGCGGGCGGCGCCACUGGCGCCGCCGCCACCUCCGCAGCGAUCGCCGCCGCCAUGGCCGAGGCCAGUCGCGGUUCCUCCUCAGCCACCACGGCGCAGCAGUCGCUAUCGCUGUCCAUGCACCAGCAGCAGGCAGCGACGGCGGCCGCACUGGCGGCGCUGCGGCCUUGCCCACUGCUGUACGCCGUACCGGGCUAUGCAGAUCCGGCGUUGCGAAAGGCCCUGGGCUCGCGCUUGUCGCUCAGGUCGCAACCCACAGGUCGCAGCACUCGCGCCGCCGCCGCGGCUCUCAUGGCAGGGUCGCCGAGCACUGCCGCACCGCCGCCGGCGGUGCCAGUGCCGCUGGCGGCAUCGCCGCAGCAUGCGUUGUUGAGUGACGAGCCGUAUCGUGUGGCGUGGGAGUGCAAGCCUAACAGCGUGGCAGCGGAGGCGCCGCCGGAGCGGUUGCCGCUGCUGGCAGUUGGGCAAAUGGCGGGUGGGGAGGUGCAGGGGGCGGAUCGUGGCGCCAUGUUGAGGCUAGGAGCGAGCGCGGGGGCGUGGGGGCUAGGCGGCAGGGGACAGUGAGGUAGUGGAAAGUAGGUAGGGAGAUGAUAAGCCGAGAGGAUUGUGGUGCAUGCUGGUAUAGGGCUUGGAAUGGCAGGUAGAGGGAAGUCAGAGCUGGGGCAGGACAUGCGGGCGUUUAGGGCACGUGCGCACAUGCGACUGUGUUUGGACAUGGUCCAUUGUGCAGACGCCUUUGGGGGAUUUGGACGAGAAGGCGAUACGUAGGAUAGACACGCGUUCGAGAUAGACGCUCACGUGACCCAGGGGGGUACUUGUAUUGGCAUGUGUUUUGACAGCUGGGAGAUGACCCAGGAGACUUAGAUCGUGGCAUAUGCUUCGCCACCAUUGCGGCGGACAGGGUGGGGGCUCCCUGUGUUCACAGAAGCUGGCCGCAACACCGGAUGUCGUGCCAACAUGCAGCUCGAUGAGGGACGAGACGCAACGCAUGUGACUUGCAUGCUGUGGCCCUACCUACCUGCCUACCUGCGGUUAACCAGUGACUUAGCGACUAUCAUGCAUUGUAUCCAUAGCUACAUGUUGGACGGCGUGAACAUUAUUACUUGGUAUGCCGAUACCGGACUAGCAUGCUAGCAAGCCUCGUGUUGACAAACGGUGUGUUGACAAACGGUUGGACUGACGUGACCCAUGGGCCACGCGCAAUGCCUUGGACGCUAGGGAUUGUCCAUUGUCGUCGCUUCCGGAUCGCAACAAUUGGAAGCAAAGAAUAAGGAAGAACUCGCUUUGCUAAAUUCCUUUAUUCUGUAAAACGAUCCCACUCUGUAACAGCUUACACUUCA